GAUGGACACCCCGGCUGUUCAGCCUGGUUGAUGGCGGGCUGAAGUACGCCCCAGGGUCAAGAGUAUCACUUACAUACUCUCUUUCAAGACCUGUCCUUCGCUUCUACUUCAGGUCCACGAUUUGAUUAAUCGCAAUCAUGUCAGACCGAUAUCCCGUCAAACGGUGGCUAUGCUGCAACUGUGGCGGCAGCAAUAACUAUGUACGCGAUUUGAGCUGCGCACAUUGUUACGACCACUCGAGAAGUUCAUGUUGUUUUGAAUGGGCAGAUGCGAAUCCCGAAUCGCAAUUGUUCGAUACCCUCGUUUCGCAACCCCGGAUUACAGCAACCCCUAGUACCUCGUCCUCCAUUUCACGAUCUGCUCCCGUCCGUCGACCUGUCAUCUCUCAGUCGAUACUUCCAAAUGACCAGAAGUAUAUGGCGACCACUGUCUCUAAGCCAGGUACAUUUCUAGGUAUAACUCAAGAUCGAAGCCCAUCGCCUAUUGACUUGUUUUACGCCACGCCAGACCAAGCGACGAAUGCCUCAAGUACCCGCGAGCUAUCACGAACGGCUUCCAAGAAUGACCCUGUGACGACUAAAGCGCCAGCGCAGUUCCCCAACGUAUUUCGUACGCGAAUCGAAGAGUCGAGGGCUGAGCAAUCGACGAGAAGAAAGGCUUUCAUCAGAGAACCCAAGCAAAGACAAAACACCCUAAAGCCUCCUGUGAAGACGUCGGCGAGGCCAUCAUCCAAAUCAUCGUCAAAACCGGCCUUUAUCGUACAGCAUCCUCCUCCCAGAGUAAAGGCUAUGCAGGUAUCUUCCAAAGACGAUGGAAAGAACAACAAUCCUCUCGUAAGCCAGGAACGUAUUCAAGACAAGCGGAAGGCUAGUCCAGGUCCACGAGCUCACAUGUUGCCUACGAUAGCCCCGAGAAUCCCAUCGAGGACUACCAGUUCACGAUUGGAUAUGUCUAUUGGAGAUGGUAUGGAUACAGAAAGCCUUGAGGCCUGCGAUCUUGCCAGCGGCAAUGCGAACGGGGAGAUUCGGCUUCUGGUAGAUACUAACACUCUAUCAUCGCUUCGGAUCGAUGGUGAUUUUGAAGGUCAUACGAUGGAGAUAAACCCCGCCGAGGAUGGAAUGACAGAGCUAGUCAUAUCGAGUAGUCAUGAUCCGAGGUAUCAAGCCCGUCACAACACUGCUUCAGUGCAUGAAGCUGGGUCGGUACGAAAUCGAAGACUUUCAGCCCAUCUGCCACCCGUCGAAGCUGGUGACCUUCAGGGCAGCCCUCACACUGGGCAGGCUAAGUUCAUGCCGAAUAGCGAGAAACGCGACCCGAGAGUUUAUUACCGUCCUCCCGCAGCGCUUGAUGAUAGCUCCGAUGAUUACUUUACGGAAGACGAAAUUUCUGAGGUGUCGAUUGCUCCCCGUCGACGUGGAGCUGAACAACCUCCACCUCGUCAAAGGCGUGUUGUAUAUUACGACACAGCCCCUCGACCGACUAGAGAAACCGGAUAUCGGUCUGGUCCAGCUAUCAUACAACCCGCCAUCGGAACAGGGCGGAGAAGGCCAACGACAGCAACGGCGCGACGGAUGAGCUACACGGGAGAGCCAAGAUCGGUAUAUCAUUCUCAAGGACCACCACGCUCCCAUGCUCAGCCCUCCUACUCUGCUCGAAGUGCGAGGCACUCAGAAAAGAUAUAUGUUGCAGAAUUUCGUAAUAGCAUAGAAAGAGCAAGUGUGGCCCGUGUGGCUAAGGAACGGCCACUCGUGUCACAACACCCGGUGCACGCAACGGGUAAUCAGACUUCUUCACCUCAACAUGAUGAGCGGCAACAUUCCAUGCGCAAUGGCGAGAGGUCAGGGUAUUUGGUUCAUCCUAUGCAACCUACACUUCACCUACUCCCACCUUCAUAUCGUCCAAUCCCCUCUCGACAUGACCCACGACUCAAAAAGGUACCCGCGCAUAAUUUCUAUCAGAGAGACGACGUGUCAUCCCAAGAACAGGCAGUCAGCGAACCUUGUCCUCCACCGCGUGAGGCACAAGACGAAAACUCCUCUAGACCCGAUUCAACUUGCGCGAACAGCAGCUUCAGUCCCGAGAAAAGCCUCGCAGCUGAAUCUGAUAGGAAUCGUGAAGAAGAUACCGAUGAUAACAGCCUUGUCGCAAAAGUAGCCGCUAAUACGGAAUCGAGGCGAAUGUCACAAUCACACCAGCUCCAGCAGCCAACAGUUUUGUCUGGAAGCACUGUAUCACCAUACCUUCCUCGGGUGACUUCAAGAGCUCCAAGCUUUUCCUGGAGCGAUUCUGAGCCUGAUCUAGAAGUCUUCGAAAGCGACGCAGAAAGUACAAAUUCAAUCUCAGAAAUUCAGCAGGCAACAUCAAGUGCAGCUACUUUGGAAACUUCCACGCGUAUAGAAGCAUUGGGAAACAUACACAUCGACACUUGGCUGGAAACAGGACUAGCUGGAGAAACCGAGGGCAAUGCUGAUCAGGAUUACGGUGACAGCAUAUCUGGAUCAUCUUCCUACCCAGCAUCGAUCGCAUCCGUCUUCUCGAUAGCAUCUCUAGCGUCCUCAGCAUCAGACAUGUCUAGAGGUAGUGGUUACUCCGCGAUUCAAAUUGCAACAGCUACCAAGGUACUACUCGCAAUCUUCUACGAAGACGAGACUCUGAUGUCGCUGUACAAGAGCGCCAUUGAAAACCACGCUAUCGGACCGGCAAGACUGCAGAGAAAUCUCCGGCGAUUAUUUCGAGCAUAUGCAGGUCUUCUGGAAGGCGAGGCUACAGAAAGACUGGAGUAUCUGACAUCGCGACUUGUGCUCAUCAAGUCGGCUAUGCUGGCACAGUCCAUCGUCGAAAAGUUGCAAAGCGGCCGAGCAGGCUUGCCGCUACCUCGUAGAGAACGCAAUGAAGAAAGCUCUGACGAAGAAGAAAACAGUGUCGAUACACACCAAGUGAAUGAAGACGCCUUCGAGGACCUGGCCAUCUUCCGCGAGUUCUUAGUCGAGAGCGAAGCUUUCAAGACAUUUCGUGUACAACUGCAAGCGUUUUUAGUACCGAAAUCGACACCUCUAACACACCUGGAGUCCGUGAGCAGUGGAGAGGUGACAAGUGCUGUGACAGUAGAGUCAACCCUGACAGAGGCAGUUGCAGGGCAAAGUAAGGCUUUGACCUGGCAAAAGUGGCGUGACGACUCCAAGCAAAGCGCCGAUGGCUUCUUUGGCGGUGCACACUGGAAGACUACGGCGAGCAGUAUUAUGUUCCUCACGACUGAUACGUUAAUGCUAGCAACAGAUAACGUUAUGAUUGCCGCAGGUCUACUGGAACCACCUCUGAGACCAGACAUGGUACGCCUUCGAUGGCGAUGCGCAUGCGGCGAAUCUCUUCAUAGCGACGUUAGAGAGCUCCGCAAAGGAGGUAUCGACAAGCUCGUUCAUCAUAUGCGACGUACCUCUGGUGCCAAAGUGCGCGCGUCGGCUCAGAACCAUCAAUCUGGAAAUCAGCAAUACAUUGCACCACAUCCCAUACAAUGGAUCCGAAAGGCAGUCACAUCGAUCGUCGGGGACUCGACAAUGAAGUCAUCGUCAUGCCUUCCCCAGCACAACACACCGCGCACUGCUACUGCCAACAACCCAUCGGCCCAGCAAAGCAUCCUCCAUCUUCUGGCUUGCAUGCAUCGCAAUCGACUCCGAAAGGUCCUGCAGCAGGAACGAAUCGAAGACGUUACCACUGACCGUGCAUUACUGUGUUUCAUGCGUAGGCAGUAUCUACGCCACCGCAGUCGCUUCCUCCACAUACUCUCCCUGAAGAGCGUCAAAGGAAUAUCUUUCGUCAAGUUCCGCCUUCCAAUCGGCGGCAGCGUUGAUGUAAGACACCACGAUCCAUGUUGCGUCACCAACAGCACAGGGCAAGUCACCUGUGAAUGCAUACCACCUCCGCCGAAAGUUGAGCCUUCACCAGGAGCGGAGUAUCGCUGUAUUCCCGGCCCGCCAGCCACAUACCCGCCAAUCCCACCAGUCUACCUUGCAAGCUUAUUCACGUGUCCGACAGACGUUCACGAAAAGGAUACCUGGAUACUAGAUCAGCUUCCGAAGCGUACGUGUGGUGAGCUGCGCGGUCAGAUCGGGCAGCCUGCUGAAGGAUGGGGUAUCUACUACGAUGAAGGCCUAGACCGCGAUACGCUUGCGCUGACUGUCCUUUUGGUGUUUAUCAUCGCUAGUCUGCUUUUCGGCGUUCUUUGGUCGCGGUUCCAGUAUGAUGUUCAAGGAGCUUUUGGCGUGAGCGCGUACAUGGUUGCAUGUUGCGCGGUACUGCUUCCUGUCAUCGUCACGCGGUUAGAGAACAAAGGCUAGCCUGGUGAGCUUUGAUACCCAUCUUGAGAUAUGGGAUGUCGCGACCGCUCGCACCAGAAUGUUAAUAGUCAGAGUCUAUCGUGUUACGAGAAGUGAGUCUCCCGUAGGCAAGAGCGAGCGCACGUCAACUCACUCAAUGAGAUUUGUAAUCACUGUGAUAUCUUCCAGUUCCUUCAACGGGCAAUGUUC